AUGCGGGGUAGUGUUCCCGAUGCCGUCUAUUAUGAAGUCUAUCAGCUCCGUAUCGGCGAUAUUGGCGCGCUUCGCAAUGGCCUGCAUGGCGACCUUGUCGUCUACUAUUGGGAGGGCGCUCCAGUUCUUCUAUCUGUCUGCGUAGCAUACCAGAGCGGCAGUGUUAUUGGCGAUAGAGACGGCGGUAUCGGCAGAGGAAUAGGCAGUAUCAGCGGUGGUGGUGGCGGCAGAAUCAGCGGAGGCGGCGGCGGCGGUAGUGAUGGCAGCGGUGUCGGCGGCGGCGGUAGUGAUGGAAGCGGUAUUGACAGCGGUAGUGACGGCAGCGUUGGUGGCGGCGGUAUAAGCGGUGGUGGCGGCGGUAUAAGCGGUGGUGGCGGCGGUAUGAACGGUGGUGGCGGCGGUAUGAACGGUGGUGGCGGCGGUAUAAGCGGUGGUGGCGGCGGUAUGAACGGUGGUGGCGGCGGUAUAAGCGGCGGUGGCAGCGGUGACGGCAAUGUCGGCAAUGGUGCCGGCAGUGUUGGUUGA